GCUUAGCGGCAGCCUCGCCGCUCCCUGCGGGCUGGGCCCCGCCGCGUCCCGCCGUGCCCCGGCUCCAUUCACAAACCGGUUCCCGCCGGCUGCCUCCGCCUCCGCCUCGGUGCCGCCCCGGACGCGCAGCCGGCGGCGGGCAUUGGGCAGCCGGGCGGUGCUCGCUGACGUGCCGGGAACGCAGGGCGGCCCCGGGCCGCUAGUGCAGGGUUGUGAGGGGGAAGGCGGCGCUCGGUGUCCCUCCUCCCGCUGCUGCAGCCGCGCCAGCCCCGCAGAGCCGCCCGCCCGCCGCAGCUGUAUGGUCCAGCCCCGCUCCUCCGCCGCCGCCGAACCUCCGCCGGCAGCUCCGCGGCCUCCAGCGCUUCCUCCUCCUCCUCUUCUUCCUCCUUCUUCUGCCGGUUCUGCUUCUCCUGCCCCCGGCGGUGGCGCCCGCAGCCCGGCUGUAUGAUCAGGCUACAGUCUUCAAUGAGUAACCAUAUUCCUCAGUUCUGUGGUGUUCUUGGUCACACAUUUAUGGAGUUUCUGAAGGGCAGUGGGGACUACUGCCAGGCACAGCACGAGCUCUAUGCAGACAAGUGAAC